AUGAUAUUCGUCCGAACCGUUGAGGGGGCCACCCUCACGGUCUCGACCGAGGCCGAUGACACCGUGGGAACGCUGAAGCUCCGCCUCGCCGAGUCCCAGGGCAUCCCCGCCGAGGGGCAGCGGAUCAUUUCCAACGGCUGCCAGCUGGAGGAUGAUGAGGGCCUGAACGAGGAGUCGACGUAUCACCUGUCGCUCCGUCUGCUCGGAGGUGCCAAGAAGAGGAAGAAGAAGGUCUACACGACGCCCAAGAAGAACAAGCAUAAGAGGAAGAAGGUCAAGCUCGCCGUCCUCAAGUUCUACGAGGUCACCGGAGAUGGAAUCAAGCGUCUACGCAAGGAAUGCCAGAACUGCGGCGGUGGCGUCUUCAUGGCCGCCCACAACAACCGACACACCUGCGGCCGAUGCCACGAUACGCUCGUCGUCGAGGAGCAGCCGAAGGGAGGCAAGGGCAAGAAGAAG